AUGUCUCAACCUCCCUUUACGCUGCCCUGCGCUCCUUGGGGAUUGCACUAUCAGAACAGGGAAGGCCCAAGCCGUUAUGAGGGAACAAUACCAACACAGACUCACGCGCAAACUCAAUACCAACAGACGCACAUAGAAACGCAAUCCAAAGGAGAAACAGAAGAAAAUCGAGAAUUCAGUGACUACCGGGGCCAUUACCACUUACACAGGUGUAGCAAUUAUGGCAAGUGUGGUGAUGAAGAGAAGCUUCGUGAGGAGACGGUCACCAGCUCUGUGGAUCCGUGGGGGGACAGGCUAGUAAGCAGUUCUCUCUGCCACGCAUCAGCUUCUAGCAGGAAGGAUAAUUCUUCGCCGCAAGUCACCACUACACAUACAGGUGGGAGACGAGGUGCUCUACAGCUUUGGCAGUUCCUGGUCUCCCUACUGGCUGAAGGAGCUCGAUGCGUGGCUUGGACGGGACGAGGUUUAGAGUUUAAACUACAUGAACCUGAGGAGGUGGCACGCCGCUGGGGCGCGCAGAAGAAUCGGCCAGCGAUGAACUACGACAAAUUGUCUCGCUCACUUCGAUACUACUACGAGAAGGGAAUAAUGCAGAAAGUAGCUGGUGAGCGCUACGUCUACAAAUUCGUCUGCGACCCAGAAGCACUCUUCAACAUGGCGCGCUCCCCUCCAAGCUAUGACGUCAUCUCCCAUCUGUAUUAUCCCCCCUAUUUACCCCCCACAGCUACUCCUCCCACGACAGAUUAUCCCAGUACGAGUAUUACUAGACGAUUUUAUGAUGGCACUACGCAGUUUGAUAAUACGUAA